UCGCACACCUACAUAUACACUCUGACGUUGCUGAAUUCACCACACCGGUCUUUUCUGACGUAUAUACUGCUCUCGUUCGUGAAAAAGACGUGGCAACAUUUUAGAUAGCGAGCAACGAACUCAACACAACACGUCAGCCGUGCUGCUCUAACAUACGGGAAAAGAUUCUCAACUCAAAUCACACAAAUCCAUAGAGUUUUGCAUACCAACAGCAUUGCAAACUCGGAUUUGAACUUAAAUAUAAUUCCAACACAUAAAUACAAUAAUAAACAAGAAGAGAAACUUCGUUUUAGAACCCACAAAUAUCACAUUCGCCGGCGUAUAUUAAAGACAACAAACAAGCAACAUGGGAAAUGUAUUUGCAAAUCUAUUUAAAGGCCUCUUUGGUAAAAAGGAAAUGAGGAUAUUGAUGGUCGGUUUGGAUGCCGCUGGUAAAACCACAAUUCUGUACAAACUGAAAUUAGGCGAAAUUGUUACAACGAUACCUACUAUUGGUUUCAACGUUGAGACUGUAGAAUACAAGAAUAUUAGCUUUACAGUGUGGGAUGUGGGCGGUCAAGACAAAAUUCGUCCACUAUGGAGGCAUUACUUCCAGAAUACACAAGGUCUUAUCUUCGUCGUUGAUAGCAAUGACAGAGAGCGCAUUGGAGAAGCGAGAGAGGAAUUGAUGCGUAUGUUGGCCGAGGAUGAGCUUAGAGAUGCAGUCUUACUAAUAUUCGCUAACAAACAGGAUCUGCCAAAUGCGAUGAAUGCGGCUGAAAUAACUGAUAAGCUGGGUUUACACUCACUCAGAAACCGCAACUGGUACAUACAGGCGACGUGUGCAACUAGCGGCGAUGGACUUUACGAAGGACUCGACUGGUUGUCCAAUCAGCUAAAGAACGCUAAUCGCUAAAUAAGCAGAUGAAAAACAACCAACAAACCAACAACAAAAUAAUUAUACACUAACUUUGAUUUAAAGUAAAUAGCAACAACAGCAACAACGCCAGCAUUCAGCCAAGACAUGCAAGGAAAUCAACAGAUCAACAAGAACCACAACAACAGCAACCAUCAAGAGAAAACAUUCGUAAAGUUAGAAUUUCCAAGAAAGAAAUGUUUUAAAAUCAUACAACUUUUCAACAACAUAUGGAAAAAACGCUAUAAUUUAAUUCAAAUUUAUAUAAUUAUUGGAUGUUAUAAAAAGGAAGAAAAAAAAAAACAGCAAAAAAGUAUAUGGUAUAAAUUGUCUUUUAAGUUAUUUAGCCCCCCUCUCCUCUACAAAAUAUAUACAACUUUUUAAUUUUAUAAAUAUAAUAAUAAUGAGAAACACUGUAAUUGUAAUUGCUCUUAAAACAACAAGAAGAUCAGCAAGGAAAACAAAUUGAACUUUUUUGUUUGUGUCGUCGCUCUGCAGCAGAACAACCCAAACACACGCAUACAUAAAAACUAUAUAAAUCGUAAUAAUGAUAAAAGAACGUACUAUAUAAAAGAGAAGUAAUUCUAAAUAAAAUUUAAAUAAUAAAAAAACCAAAACUCG